AUGGAGCAGAAGUCGCACGAAACACCUAGCCCCUCUGCGUCGUCUGGGUUUCUUCCACUCGGACGACGUGGAUCGAGGGGCUCUUUAGCCACUACCCGAACCGAGAGAGAAAAUAUAAACGCGACCCUUGACCAUAUUCACAGUACAGCGUAUCAGUCCGACUCGUUGACGCUUUUCAACGAGUUCACCAAUCCCCCCGCACCGGUAUCGGCUUCAGAGGAGAAACGCUUGUCAGAGGAGCUGCAGGGAGGUCUUAGCGGGCUCUACAGUCGCUUUAGAACAUCGGUCGGUGGCAUGAGAGAUAUCGUGAGCGGUGCCAAAUCUGCAGACAAGAGUGCCCUAGACACUCCAGCCGUUAGAAGCCCAACAUCCGAGCGUUCUAUGACCAAAUCUAUCUCAGACCUCGCGACCACCACGACAGAUUAUGCACCAUCACAUCCGAGCUCAUCACAGGGAUCGAGACUUCACUCACCGGUUGUUCCAAUUUUUCAACAACAUAGUCAAGACGCUGCGCAGCUGUCGAACCAGGGCAAGAGCUCCAAAAUCUCCUCCAAGACAGCUAGCGUAUCUUCCAAGACUUCGAUUUCUCCCUCGCCGGGGACGAAACCCCACAUUACUCCGCUCACAAAAUCAACCGGUGGUUCUAUUGCAGCAGAUUCCACGAUCGCCCAGGUACAUGUGAACGCCGUCGGCGCAGUCCGUCCGUCUCGGAGUAGCUCUCUCAAUACGCCUUCACAUGGACUUAAACAGGCCGAAUCGUCAAGUAUUGGGAGUAGAGAUGGUCCUGUUGACAUGUCCAUGAGUCAAACAUCCUCUGUGUUCAGCCAGAAUGUUUCUCAUUCACCAGUUUUGUCUACAAAGACACACGAUAGCCUCCAAGAAGAACAUACACCGCUGGAUGUCAGCGGGUCGCAAACUUCCGCAGGCCAUGCUUCAGAUGCUCUGCCUAGAAAAUCCUCGAAUGCAGAUCAAUCACGACCUCCAGAUAACUCAUCUCAAUCCACUGGAUUACGAAGCUCGAAACACUCUGAACUCACCCAGGGCUCCAAAACACAGAGUUACGAAACCAGGUCGAAUUCAAGAAUGUCCUUUAAUGGCAAUGAUGAGUCUACAGUCCCUACUUCCGCUUCCAACAGCCUCUCAAAGAUAAACCCCCCGGAGGACCGCUCGUAUCGUGCAGACUCAGCAUCGGGUGGUGCAACACCAGCGCCCCGGGACUCCACAAAUGUUGGUGAGUUGCCAAAUAAUGUUCCUCAGUCACUGGCAGGCGACAAACCAGGGCUACCUACUACAAGAAACCGGCUACCCGGCUACGUUAUGUCGCGGGCAUCUACAGCCGAGACAAUGACCACGGUAUCUUCUCUUCCGCCUUUGAAUACAGCUGUUUCUCGGGUACCGACCCAAGCUCCGGCAGCAGUUCAACAACAGAGCGACGGUGUUUUAUCACAGCUCCGGAGUAGGUUGCUCAGCAGGGACUUCUGGAUGCGGGAUGAAAAUGCCAAAGACUGUUUUCAUUGCGGAGAACCCUUCACAACCUUUCGCAGAAAACACCAUUGUCGUACCUGUGGUCAGAUCUUCGAUUCGAAAUGUACACUUCUUAUUUCGGGCAGUCGCUUUGGCCAGCCGGGCUCCAUUCGUGUUUGCAAGCCAUGCGAAGCGAUGAUAAAUGCGCAUGAUGAUGAUUCAUCUGAAUUCUCUGAUAGCGAGCAGAGUCCUAUCGUUAUGAACCCUCGGAUCUCUGAACUCAGCUGGGGUGGCUCGGGGGCCGUCCAUCCGCAGAUGACGAUGAUACCUCUUCAAUCAUCUCUCAAUCCAUUGACCAUGUGA